AUGAGACCCAGUGAAGUUGUCAUCGACGCGAUCAAGCCAGUGGCACAGUACGUGAAAGUAAUUGCGCGAGUGAUUAAGGGGAAUCUUAAGCGUAUUUUGGCUCUGAUCCGCCUAUAUGGACUCUCUGGGAUGCUUGUGGCAUUUUGCGGAAGUUCGAAUGUUUGGCAAGUUGAAGCCAAGGUCAUUGGUGAGCUAGACGACGAUCAAGCAAUUGAGUUCAGGAAGUCUGUACAAGACGAAUGUUCUAUGAUAGCAGUAGCGGCUGCGCUUGUUGCUCAGAUAGCGAUUACCUCACUAUCUUUGAGUGAUCUUAGCAAAACUCACUGGGUUGCUCGUGGAUUAUUUGCGCUUAGCUUGAUAUCGUCCCUGAGUGCCGUCACCUGUGCAGCUACUCAGCAUAUCGUUAUGACACCUCUCUUGUCCGGGGAUCAAAUUCGGGCGUGGAUCAGGGGAGGUAAUGUUACUACAUAUCUUGACCCGGUCACAUUAUUUUGUGCUCUUUUUGAGUCGAUGAUGCCCGGUGUGCGUGCCGUCCGCGCACCGAUAAUCUGGGCAUUUUGGGUAUCACGAAUUAAAGUUUUCCAGCCUUGCAGACCUCAAGACGACGAUGUUCUAACAAAGCUCGACCACCGGAACACUGAAGUCUUCGACUACUCAUUAAUGAGACUAUGCUUCACACCAGGUGUUAUACCUGUCAUCACGAUGUCAGCACCUAUAAUUUUACUCGCUAUAUCUAUUUUGUCAGUAGUCAUCGCUUUUGGGAUUUAUUUUGGCUUUACUUGGACUAAGAAUCUUGAUUCUGAUGCUGGUUUACACGAUAGCCGGAACGUCUUCAUUUUAUAUAUUGUUGGCCUUGGGCUGUGCACUUUGGUCUACUUGGGUUCGCAGCUAAUUCAGAACGAAAGUCUGGGGGAUGAGUACCAGACCGUUGGGAAAUAUUCACGGCAGUAUAUGGAGAAUCACCCAGAAAGAGAUUGGCGGCGUCCAGAACCAGUUAUUGUACCAGCGGCACCACCAGUUUGA